AUGUCCGCGCUCGCCGGAGUCGCCGUCCCAUCCGCGCGUAUCGCGCGUAAGUCCGCGCCCGUUCGCUCCCGCGCGUCCCGCGUGGUCGUCCGAGCGGCGACCACCACCAGCGCGCAGGGCAUCGUCGUCGUCACCGAUCCCUCCCAGGAGGAGAUCGCCAAGUGUAAGUCGUGGGGCACGUGGGGGUGCGAGGCGUCCAAGUUCCCGUGGACGUACGGCAGCGCCGAGACGUGCUACCUUCUGGCCGGUGAGGUGACGGUCACGCCGGACGGCGGCGAGCCCGUGAGCUUCAAGGCUGGAGACAUCGUCACGUUCCCGGCGGGCAUGAGCUGCACCUGGGACGUGAAGGUCGCCGUGAAGAAGCACUUCAACUUCCACUGA